UCAAAUCCGUCACGUCAAAGUCAAAAUGUCCGCCUGUACUCGACCGUGGUUACCGUGCGAUUUGUCCUUAAUUCUUCGUGAUUUCUUUCUUAAUUAAUCACAAUCAAAUAUCUUAAACAUUCAAACAAACUUGACCAUUUGUCUUCCGAGUCAGUUAAUUGAUCAUUCAAUCGUAUGGUGACUUAAUAUCAGGCGCAAACAUAAUUUUUUGUCUUCAAAGUUCUCGAAAAAGUGAUUGUAAAUAAGAAAAAUAUUACUCAUAUCAAGACGACGUGUUUGUGUGUGUGUUUACGUGAAGAUGGUAUAGGAGCGCGCCAGUGUUUUCAAAAAAGUGCACUGCAAGAGUGAGAUCGGAAAUGUGACAAGUGAAAAAGUUCGAAUGAGAUAAAGAUAUAUUGCUGAAAAGUGACAAUUUGAUUGUCGGAUGUGUGUGUGCGUGUGCGUGCGUAAAUGCAAUUGUCAAAUUAAAAUUUUUGCAAAAAAAAAAAGAUUUUAUUUUUUUGCUUUAGUUAUUUUUUGUUCGUGCAGUCGCUGUUGAUUUCCGUUAGUUUUGUGUGAAGUAAAUAUAUUAAUUUAUCAUAGAAAAUGGCCCGAGACUACGACCAUCUGUUCAAGCUGCUUAUAAUCGGUGACAGCGGUGUUGGAAAAUCAUCUCUACUCAUUAGGUUUUCAGACGAUAUGUUCUCUGGUAGUUAUAUAACAACAAUUGGCGUUGAUUUUAAGAUUCGUACGGUGGUGAUAGAUGGUCAGCGGGUCAAACUACAAAUAUGGGAUACUGCUGGACAGGAAAGAUUUCGGACGAUAACCAGUACGUACUACCGUGGGACGCACGGUGUUAUAAUUGUAUAUGAUGUAACGAAUGGUGACUCAUUUGCGAAUGUCCGACGAUGGCUGCAAGAAAUCGAGCAUAAUUGUGACGUCGUGAAUAAGAUUUUAGUUGGCAAUAAAAACGAUGAUCCCGCCCGUAAAGUUGUAUUAACCGAGGAUGCGCAGCGUUUCGCACGACAAAUGGACAUUGAGUUAUAUGAAACAUCUGCCAAAGACAACAUCAACGUUGAAAAAAUGUUUCUUGCAAUAACACGACAAGUCCUAAAACAUAAGCUACAACAAAAUGCGCAAAAUGCUCAGAAUACAAAUGAAACGAUACAUCUGAAGCCGGGGAAAAAGCAUAAAAGUCGAUGUUGCUAGUUGUAAAUUUAUUACCAUUUUUUUAAUGAAAAACAUAAAAAAUAAUAAAAGUAUAAAAAAUAAACUAAUCGAGAACGAACAAAACAUUUUUUUUUUUUUUGGUGAUCAUAAAAUUAAAUCGUAAAGCUUAGGAACAUGAACUGUUAUGAAGCGAAAAACAUUGUUUAGGAAUAAUGUAAUGGAAAACUUUUUACCAGCUUUUUGAAAUAGACAAGUAUUUUACACCAUUCCUUUCGUUUUAAUCCAGUUAUGGUGGAUUACAUGUAAACUACUUUUUACUAUAGCGAAUUUUAAUACAUGUCGGGAUUAUUUCUAGUUUCGCUUACAAAGCGCAUUGAACGUGGUGUAUUGUAAUGCAUAAAAGAAAAGUGUACAAGUUUUCCGGAAAUUCUACUUUGCAAAUCUUUUUAGAAAUGCAUGACAAUACACAAUUACCUGCACUGAAAAGAUGUUAUCUAGAAUCAGACUUAGUUUCGCUAGACCUUUCUUGCAAUACGUCGCUAAUUGUGUAUGUUGCAAUUCUAAUUCAGACAACCAUAUCAAUUAAUUUCUUUAAUUUAUAAAAGAAAAACAAGUGUGAUAUUGCGAAAAUGAACCUGUUACACUUUUACGAAAAUUAUAUCGUGUAAUAUUCGUUUUAGGAAUGAAUCGUGUAAGUUAAAAUUGCUUCUAAUUUUGAAAGGUGUAACCAUUGUUACUUGAUUCUCUGUCCAAAACCGCAACGCGAAAGUAUACAUAUCUUGGAGCUGAAACUAAGACUCGUGCAAUGUAACUUGAUCUUUAAUUCGAAGGAAGCAAUGCUCAUUUAUUUAAAGAGCGCUUUCUUCCGUUUCAGAGAUCUCAACUCGAAUAAUUCCGAUCCCUUCUCAAAGGCAAUCAUAUUCUCGUAAUUAAUUCUCUGGACAACCUCCAGGCAGUAGAUAUAGAUUGAUUCAAUAAUCUGUUUCAAUGUACAAUAAAUUUAGAAUUCGGGACUCGCUAGACACAUUCGUUAUCAACAGGAAAGCUGCAUUUACUAAUUUUCUAUUUGAAGAAAUAUGAAUUUAUACUAUAGCUUCUCUGGCCCUACAAAACCCUUUAGAAACUAUUGUUCCCAUAUUAUCGCGUCGCGGACAGAGCAUCAAUGUAAGCAUGGAGAACAAUGAAACCGAUAUAUCAAUGCUUGGAACUCAUUUAUUGUUAACACAAGUUUUCAUUUCGCUUGUCAGUCUCAUAGUUUCGCUGAAUUGCCUUUGAAAAUGAAAAGAAAAUUGACCACGUUUUGUGAGUUUUAUACUUUGUAAUUAAAAAUCAAACGCAUUAAUAUGUAUUUGUAUUAAAUAAAUAUUAUUUAUAGGUGCAAUCAA